CCACAAUUGAAGACAAAUUGCAUAGAUAUGGAAUUUGAUAUCGAAUGGGUUAAUACUAAUAUGAACGAGAAUAAACUACAAAUGCAAGCGGUGAAGAAGAUAUUGAAUAAUACAGCACGUCCUGCACCUUAUAUAAUUUUUGGUCCCCCAGGUACCGGAAAGACCGCGACAUUGGUUGAGACUAUAUGUCAGAUUGUGAGGCAUUAUCCGUCGAAAAAUAUACUGGUGUGCACAGUAUCUAAUGCAGCAGCUGAUGAAAUCGCCAAAAGAUUGAGUAAACAAAUUCCAACGAACUUGAUAUGUCGAAUGUAUGCCCGAUUUAGAGAACGGUCGACUGUAAAUGGAGACAUUCGGUCUUGUGCGAAUUUUGAGAAAACUACACCCUCUUUGUCAGAAGAUUUACUGUUGCGGAAAAAAAUUAUUAUUACAACAUUAAUAACAUCCAUAAAAUUGUCCGAUGCAAUUAAUUUCACGGAUUAUCGUUUUUCUUACAUAAUUAUUGACGAAGCAAGUCAAGCGACUGUAGCAGAAAUAUUAAUUCCUCUUGCGAUAAUAAAUAAAGCAGAAGCGACUGAAUCUCAAGCACAAAUUGUUAUCGCAGGUGAUCCUUACCAAUUGGGACCUGUUAUUCAUUGCAGAAGAAUCGAACAUCUUCUCGGCAAAUCCAUGUUGGAAAAAUUAAUGAACGAUUCUGAUCUAUAUAAAAAACAAAAUGGAAAAUAUAAUCCGAACUAUAUAACAAAAUUAGUUAAAAAUUAUCGAAGCCACGAAAGCCUUUUGUACGUGUCAAAUGAACAAUUUUAUAACAAUGAAUUGGAGAUCUGUGGAGGAGUCAAUACGCAAAUGGCAUUGGACUGGCUGCAAUUGCCCAAUAAAAAGUUCCCUAUGAUAUUUCAAGAAGUUUUAGGCACAGAAGAAAGAUCUCCAUCUCAAAGUGUCUACAACACAGCCGAAGUAUUAGCGGUGUUGGCAUACGUGAAUAUACUGAUGAACACGAAAUUUAACACACGCGCCAUAAGGACGGAGGAUAUCGGAAUCAUAGUGCCUUUCAAACGACAACAGUUAGAUAUUAAACAUUACUUAGCAACUAUGAAUUUGAAAGGUAUAACCGUGGGAACCGUCGAAACAUUUCAAGGACAAGAACGAAAUGUAAUGAUAUUGUCGACGGUACGAUCGAAGAUCAUGAUGCAUGAUGAUGUAAAACAUCUUGGUUUCUUAUCCAAUCCAAAGAGAUUUAAUGUUGCUUUGACACGUGCAAAAGCACUUAUGAUAAUAAUAGGAAAUCCAAGAAUACUCUGCAUAAAUAAACAUUGGGAAGUACUUUGGGAGUACUGUAAAAAGAAUGGCGGAUACGUUCCCUUUGAACAGUUGCCAUUGAGAGAUUGAGGAUUUAAUAAUAAGAUUAGAAGUUAUUUCUGAAGCUAAUCUAAUGAUAGCGACAUAUCAAGUGCAAAGAACUUAUCCGUUACCAUGGGGAGUUUGGAAAGAAAAAAGAGAAACAAGAGCAUUGUUCUAUGCACUUGUAUGUGAAAUGGAAACUUUGAUUUUGAAGAAAAAAACGACCAAUUGACAUAGAUUUUUAGUAGGGGCAUAAAUUGCAUUUUUCGAAUGCAAAACGUAUAAUGUAUUUAUUUUAUUCACGUUUUGAUUUUAACUUCUUUAAGUUAUCAAUAUUAUUAAGUGUAAAAAAGCUAUAAGUGUCAUUCUUUUUAAAUUACCAAAAAGUGAAGGCAUCAGUAUUAAACGUGAAACUUGACAAUAUUUAGUAUUAAACAUCAUUGUUUUUCAGUAAACAUGAAAAUGAAGAUAUCAGUUCAAUAUUAAAUAGAUUCAAUAUUAAAUAUGAAAUAAAAGCAAUUGUCUUUAUGAGAAAAAUGAAAAUAUCGAU